AUGAAGGGUCAUUUCAAUGGAAUGUCCCGCGAAGAACUUCAGCGCGCCCUUGGCGUGAAGCCAAUGAACAAGUCGUCCAGGUUCAGGGGGGUCAGUAAGAAGAAAGGCAAAUGGGAGGCCAAGGUUAUGGUCAACAGGAAGUGGGCUUACAGAGAGCUGUUUGACACUGAACUGGAGGCUGCACAGGCUUACGAUGCGGCUGUAUGGAACCUUAAACCAAGGGAGGCCAGAUCUUACGUCAACUUCAAGGAGAGCUGCCCUCCUGAGGUUCAGGCUUACCUCAGGGCUCUGGAGCUCGAGGAAAGUGGCCAUUCAGAUGCUUUGCUGGCUCCAGUCAUCAAGGGCGAGGGCCCAAGUACCAUGACACGAAGCUACAGCAACACAGCGCCCGGCGUUGGUAGCCCGAUCGCCAGCCUGAACCCCGAGUGGUUGAGGUCGAUGGGGGGCAGGGAAGAGGCCCUGCAGCGCUACAACUCAGCACCCAGCCCCCGCAACCUGCAGCAGAUGGCUGGGGCAGCGGGAAGCAGCAUCCUGAUGUCCAGGAACAGUCAGCCCAACCUUGCAGAGGCGCCAGCCACGAGCCCUGUGGACCUCCUUCGCCUAGCCCACGCCAUCCCCAGUGGCAGGAAGGCAGCAAUGCUACCGCCUCCACCGCCACCGCAGCUGCCGACGCCCUCAGCUGGCAACCUGGGGGGCAUCCCACAGGACCACGCACCCCGCUCGGCCAUGCUGCGCCCGGUGAACCAGGAGGGCAUCCUGGCAAGGGCGGCUGAGCUCCAGCGCAGGAUGGGUGGGAUGGACAGAAUGAGCGGGGGCCAGGAGCACCCGUAUGUGGGCCAACAGAACCUGGGUUCAGCCAUAUCGGAGGCCAUGCUGAUGCCUGCAGUUGAGGCCAGGCACCACAGCAUGCCAGCUGAUUUGGGGCGUGGCCCCCUGUUCGUGCGGGUGGGCUCAGAGACACACCUGCUCCAGGGGAUGCCGGGGCAGCAGGGGCAGGCUCAGACACAGCGGAGCAUGUCCGAUGCUGGGGUGUACUUGAUGCUGCGGCAGCAGGACCAGGUGGGUGACCUGAGUAGCCAGCCUGACAGACUGAGCAGCAUCCACGCCCUGGCCAACAUGCAAGGCCAGGACCCUGUCCACCUUUGUGGCCGCCGCCUAGAGACCUCGCCCUUUGCCCUGGCAGCCAGUCUGGACCAGCAGCAGCAGCAACAGCCACACGGUGGCGAUGGUCGCAGCCAACAGUCCACCGGGCUUGAAUCGUGGAACCUGGGGAAUGUCAUGUUCAGCGACUUCCAGAUGCCCGCCUCCCACGCAGGCGUUUCCCUCCCCAUGAUGAACCUUGAACAGGUGCAGUCUGGUCAUGGCGGCACGGCAGUGGCGAUCGACCUGGCCUCUGGUGCGCGGCAUGGCAUGGGCGAGGCUGCUGGGCAUGUGAAGGCUGACCCUCUGCUCCUGGCAGUGGGGCCCAGCAAUGUGGACCGCGAUGUGGUGAUGGCUGGUACAGGGGGUAUGGGGCAGCCAGUCACCCCUCAGGGUGGCAGACAGCAGGAGCGGUAUGAGUAUCCGCAGGUACGGCUGGAGGAUGUUUUGGUGGUGGACCCCAGGGACCCACAGGUCCACAUGGGUAAUGAUGUCGACAUGGAGCUUGUGUUACGAUCGAUGUCAGAGCAGGCCAGCCUGCAUCCCAUGAAGGGGCCAACGGCCAGUGCCACAGAAGCCCACAUGCUCUCCAACAGACCACUGCAGCUGACCAACGACGAGAUUAUGGAUGAGCUCAUGGCACCUCCGCUCAGCGGGGGCAUGAUGCACAGAAGACUGGGCCGAUAG